AUGUUGGUUUUAGUUUUGAUCGUAUUUGCCAUAUGUUGGCUACCGUUAAACAUGUAUCACAUUUUGAUGGACUUUUGGCCGCAACUGUUUUCCCAUAAUUUUAUUGUCUUCAUAGCUGUCCACUGGCUGGCCAUGAGCUCUGUCUGCUAUAACCCGUUCAUCUACAGUGUCCGCAACUUUUACUUUCGACAGGGAGUCAAAAAUUUGCUAAAUUUUCUUAUUUGUCGUUACAAUAAAAUCGGACGAUCGAGACAUUCACCGGAAAGUAUUGUAUCAGUCAAUACACGUAUUACUAAUUCAAGUAUUAUUAGACAACAGACCUGUAAGACGUCUAGUGAAGAAUCGAUGGAAAUGAAUGGCACGACAACCAAACAGACAGACCUUACGGCAGCAGACAAUGACAACAAUAAUAGUACGUCUAAUAAGUCAAACAUCCGAUGGUUGGACUUAUGUAGAACUGCACGCAUUCAGACUAACAAUACUAGUAUUAGUAAUGUAUGA